UGCAAGGGGCAUCUGCAAGAAUCCAUCCAGGAAUAAAGCAUGAAGAUUUCUUCAGUUGCUUUCGCCGCAUCGCUCUUGACGGUGACGGUUGAAGCAGAUUUUAAGGGUCUCCGAUCUCGUUUUUUCCCGGCCGACGAAGUUCACACUGCCGUGGAACCCGAGACGCGGUCCGCUUCUACCCCAGCGGUAGAUGAAUUGCGCUUUGGUAAAUGCUGGACGAGUCUCUUUGGCGAUGCCUGCUAUGACCUCAAGGUGGACGAAAAGACUAAAAUCGGACAAGUCUGUUUGGAUAUCUUUAACGAUGAAAAAACCGACAUCCUUUUGAUUACGUAUGAUCUGACGAAGUCUAUCACAAAGGAAAAGGUAGACAGUCUCGAUUGGUACUUGUCGCGGCUUCAUUCGUGGGCUGGUGAUUCCAAGCUAGAAUAUCCCCAAAGUCGUGGUGGGUCGCCUAGUCUUCGUCAAUUCCCGACUAACGCCGCCUUUAGUCUUCGUGACAAACGACAAAUCCACACCCUGGCCUUGGAUUUGAAGAGCAGCUGCACUACGGAGUUAAACCUCUUGGCGCACGCAUCUGUCGUAUCCUCCAAGCAAACCAGCCGGAAUUCGAUUUCGAGUCUUCUCGAACCCGACCGGAUGCAGCGAGCAACUGCUUGGUCUGACGGAAAGGCUAUCGCAAACAACAAGACUUACAUGACGUUCAGUCCUUUGGAAAUUGCCUGCGCUUGUCCGUCCAUCGCCCAGCCUGUGGAACCACCGGUGAUCCCCUUGCCACCUAAAUUACCCCCAAUUGAGGCGGAAACGGAAAAGGAAGAAUCCUCGGUCGAGAAAGCAAAAGAGGAGGAACUCAGUAUUGUAACGGACGAGCCCAAUGAAGUGGACUCCGAUGAAGUCUCUUCUCAGAACGUAACUUUUUCUUCCGGAAGGGAAGAGACGAAAGAAGAAGCUACAAGCAUCGUCGAAACUAAAGAUGCACCCCCCAUCAAAGAUAUCGCAGAAAUCAUCAAAGAAGAAUUAGAAGAUGAGGUCACUGCCUACAUCGAAGCAGAAAUUGAGGAAAUUUUGGACAACUCCGUCGAAGAGAAGAUCAAACAGGAAACGAAACAAGAACUAUUCGACGAGAUCCGAUCCGAGAUCAAAAUUUUUGUGGAGACGAAAGACAUACCCCAAGACACCGACGAAGACAUGGUUGUUGACAUCGAAGAAGAGGGCGAAGAGAAGAUUGAAGAAGAUAUUGGGGAUAGAAUCAAGGAAAAAAUAGCACAAAAACUGAAUGAAAAGCCCUCAGUUGAAGGGGAAUUGGUUGAACCGGAUAAGCCAGCCGAAGAGAGCCAACAAGAAGGAAAGCUUGUCGGGGAGAAUCCUAGUGUGGAUGAGAUUUCGUACGAGGAUGAGAAAUCUGAAGAGAAAGAGAAAGAAACUAAAGAAUCUUUGAACGUUAAAGAUACCAAGGAUAUCAAAGAUACCAAGGACAUCAAACCAGAAGACAAACCGGAGAAGCCACAACAGGUUCGUGUAUUUAAACCAGCGAUAUCUUUGGAGGAAGAUGGAAAGUGUCAACGAGCCUUUGCCCUUUGCAAGGAUAAUACCAAAGACGUCACUUGCUUUGCUGACAUGAACAAUAAGUUUCACCGCCUUGACCACUGGGGGUGGACUCACGUUGUCACUGGCUUUGAUAUCAAGUGUGAACUGUGGGCUGGAGCUUCCCGGUGCGAUACUUCUAAAGGAAAGCAGAUUGGUUCAGCUGUCAUUACCAAAUCGAGCUUUCAAAUCGAUUUACUUGAUGGCUUUAAGACAAAGGAUGUUCACUUUUACAACGGCAAAACCAUUCUCCCGAAGGACUACCGUGACCAGGACACUGUGGCUCCACAAUGGUACGGCGCGGAAUACAACGGAGAUGCCGGGCCUGUUUGGGAUAUCGAGGCAGACGGAGCCCAUAAGGCGAUGUUCGACGACUACGAGAAAAUUGAUCGUCACUUUAUCCUUCAUGCUACAGUCUGCGGCGAGUUCGAAGCAGGUGCAUCUCACUAAUAAAAACAUUAAUCGAAGGGGAAGCUACGGCACAUUUCGUUCCGAUAAAUCUAUAAUGCAUAUUAGGACUAA